AUGGCGAAGAAGAAGCGCCCGUCCAAUCCCGGCGGCAGCGGGUCGAAGCGAAAGUUUUUCCGCGCCGAUGGCGACGCGAGCGGUCCCAGCCCGAGCGGUGUGACGGUGAAGAGCGCGUUCGAGACUGUCAGCCAUCGACGAAAAUUCGACAUUCUCGGUCGCAAGGUGAAGGGCGAGCGAGGUAACGUGCUGCAAGCGCGCACGGAGGCUAUUGAAAAACGUCGGCGCACGCUGCUCGUGGAACACGAAGCGAACGGCAAGGCGAACGCAUUCUUGGACCGACGAUUCGGUGAACACGACAGUGGCUUAAGCGUCGAAGAGAAAAAUAUUGGAAGAUUGGCCAAGGCGCGGUUGCGUCAGUAUAAGAAAUCCAAAGCCUUCGCCCUGAAUGAAGACGAUGACGACGACGGCUUUAAAACGCUCACGCAUUUGGGACAGCCGCUCGGGGAGAGAGAUUUAACCGCGAAACCGUCGCACGGGGACGAGGAAGACGAUGAAAAUCUAGACGACGAAAUCACGCGUAAUUUCCAUUUCGGUGGAGGCGAAUUUGAACCAACUUUGAAGCGAGGCGAUGGGGAGCACGAUGUGGAUGCGCCGGAACGCCGAAAGAGCAAAAAGGAUGUGAUGGAGGAACUCAUAGCCAAGAGUAAGUUCUACAAAGCUGAGAAGCAGAAGCAGCGAGAUGACGAUGGAGAUAUGUUGGAUAAGUUGGACUCCGAUUUUAAGGCGAUAAGUCAAGGUGGACUAUUGUCGAGCGCGUUGAGAAAAGCUGUCGGGCACAUGAAGCCGACCGCCGCGAAGGCUGCACAAACCAAGGCUCCCGAGCAGAAGGAUGAAUACGACACGUGGGCCCGAACUUUAGCGUUCGAAAGACGUGGUCAGGCGGGUGAUAGAGCAAAGACGCAGGAAGAAGUUGAGGCGCAAGCAAAGCUCGCGCUAGAGCAAGCCGAACGCAAGAGGUUGAAGCGCAUGCGCGACGUCGGCUCUGACGAUGAAAGUUCCGACGACGACGGCCCUCAGGGAGGAUACGCCGCUCGAAGGCGCAAGGUGAAAAAGGGUGACAUCGACGAAACAGACGACGCAUUACACGGCAAUAAUCGCAAGCAGCAUGAAGGAGGUGAAGAUUUGGACGAGAAUUUUCAGCUCGAAAGUGAUGACGAUGGAGAGAACGAGGACGAGGGUUCCGAAGAGGAUGUGUCGGACGACGAAUCUGAAUCAGAAGAUGACGACGCGCUCGAUGACGCAGCGCGUCUGCGCAAGUCACUCAAGUCUGAGCUAAAAAAUGUCGAUACAGAAUUAGAUCAAGGUAAGAAUCGACUUCGAAAGUUGGGUAUUCUUCAAGAUGGCGUCGAGGCUGAGGAUUCGGAGGACGAUGAGGACGACGACGAUGAGGAUGAAGACGACGACGAUGAGGGCAGCGACGAUUCUCAGGAAGUAGAAGAUGCACAUGCAGAUGUUUUGCGAGAGAUUGAAGACGAGGAAGACGUUGAAAAAGAAGAUGCGUCGAACACAGCGCGCAAAUCUUCCCAAAAGGAAGCGUCCACGGCGAAAGAGAAGAAGUUUUCUACGCCGACGAGAACGGACAUCCCCUUCACUUUCCCCAUGCCAGAGAGCGCCGAAGAUCUUAAUUCUAUAUUAGGUGAUCAUAACGCUGAAGAUGCGUUUACGAUCAUCACGCGAAUCCGGGCCUGCAACGCGCCCACGCUCGCGGCGGAGAAUAGAAAGCGAAUCCAGACUUUGCUCGGUCUUCUGUUACAACGGUUUGAGAUUUUAGCCGGUCAAGCGCCGUUGCCGGUAGAUCAUUUGGACGUUCUAUCGAAACACAUUGUAGACUUGAGUACACAAGUUCCAUUUUUCGCUGCAACCGCAGCCAAGGCCCGCGUAGAAAAGAUGAGCACUCGGCUUCGUCAGGCGCUGCGUGCCGGGGAGACGGGAUGGCCGCCUUCUCGUACGGUUCUGCUCCUUUCUUUAUUCGCCGCCAUCUUUCCUACGACGGAUAAGUCACACCCAGUUAUGACUUCGGCGACACUUUAUAUUGGAAACUUACUCGCGCAUUGCGCGAUCAGAUCAGUGAGAGAUGCAGCUUUGGCGGUCAUCCUUUCUACAAUGGCAAGCGUUUAUUCGACUGGCGCCGAAAGGAUAUUUCCUGAAGCCCUCACUCUCAUGAAUGCUUUGAUUCAUUGCGCAUCGCGAUCAAAGACCAAUUGGGCGGCGGGUUUGUCAACACACCUAGUCGAACAAGUUGGCGGACCCUGGUUAUCUUCAGCGCUUACGUCUGCGAUGGAACCCAUGACGUUGCCAGAAAUGUUGGAUGGCAUUUACGCCGAAAAACUCGAAGAGAAGAAGUUAUCGGCCGCAACACUAAGGGCUGCUCUUUCUUGCUUAAGGCAACUAUCUAAACCAGUGAUAAAGACUGCGUCAGCGUCUGAGAUUCUCUCACCUGUUCGUGAUUCCGUGAAGGCGCUUAGAAAAUCGUUGAAAAAGUCGAACGGUGGUUUAGCAGAGUUGUGCGACGAGCUCGUCAAGGAGUUAGACGACGCUCUCGUGGGCGCGGUCAAAACGCCUUUGGCGUACCACACCAAGACGGCGGAGGCAAUCAAAACGUUCAAUCCCAUGUACGAGGAAGACGGCUAUCAAAAAGGUCGGGACUACGAUCCGAAUCGCGAACGAGCCGAGGCAAGAAAGCUCAAGAAGCAAGUCAAACAAGAAACUCGCGGCGCCAUGCGCGAAUUGCGCAAGGACAAUCGAUUUAUGGCAGAUGCUCGUUCGAAGGAACAGUUCCAAGCCGCGGAAGAACGCGGGGCUCGCCAGAAAGACAUUUUAUCAUUCUUGGAAAAGCAAGAAGCCGAUUUCAAAUCUGGAGGACAAGGUGGCCAAAUUGUCAAGAACAAACGCCGCGUGUCGAAAGGCUCGAGACGAGCCUUCUAG